UCCCGCCCCCUCGUUACCACAGAGAUGGCGUUACGCGUUAUUCGGUUGUUUGUCCACUGAGUCCACGGAGGACUUUCACUGGGAGUCGGGAAUCGAACCCACGAUGGAGCCGCGCGGCGUUUAGAGGCCGCGGUCCCGGGACGAACUUUAACGACGUCAACCGGGAGCUUUCCUUCCUUAUUUCGGACCAACGUAUUCAGGAACGUCGAGAAAACGUCGUCGUAUUGGAAUGACGUCAACAGCCAAUAAGGUUGCUCAAAGGAUGCACGCGACACGCAGCCCGUCUUCCAUCCCGACCGCCGUCUCCGGAGACGCGUUGGACCUCCGCUUGUCGGGCUCCCAGCUCGCCGUGGCCAAGAGACCCGGAAGCUUCUCCCGGUCGGUGUCGGUGGCCGGUGACGGCCGAGGAAAACGCAACACCCUGAGCGACGCCGGCAGCUCCCGCUCCAUCAAGAACCUCAGGCGGUGCAACAGCACCACGCAGGUUAACCAGCAGGCCCACAUCAGUUUAAGUCAGGACCAGAGCGAGGACUACCUGGCGCUGUUCGACAGCGGCGAGGACGCACGCAAGAAACUGUCCGGCCUCAGCAAAGCCUCCCCGGACAGAACCACAUGGAACAUCCUGGACGACCAGCCCCGAGCGUUCUCCCUGCACUCCGGCUCCCGCAGCACCGGCAGCGUGGACUCCCCCACCGGCCCCAGGAAGAGGGAGCCCGGCAUCGCUCUGGCUGCCACCUUCACGGCCAACAACAGGAGCAACAAGGGAGCUGUGGGGAACUCCGUCACCACCAUCUUACACAACAACUACUCUGAAAAGCCUCUCACGCCCAAGAGCUCCAACCAGAGGCCGUCGUUUAACAAUCUCCUGAAGGCCACGGCGAACGACGAGGUGUCGCAAGACAACAGCUCCCUGACGAAGUCCCAGAAGAAUUUCUCCUCGACUUCCUCCGCCUCCAACAACCAAUCCCCAGUGAGCCCCGUCCCGUCUCGAAGGAGGGAGGUCAGCGAGGAGGAGGCCGAGAGGUUCAUCCAGCAGGUGAACCAGGCAGCGGUCACCAUCCAGCGCUGGUACAGACGCCACGCCAAGAGGCAGCACACCAACCAGGUGGCUCUCAAACGCAUCCUGGCCAGUAAAAGAAAGGAGUGGGAGGAGAGGACGGACGAGGACAGUCGCCCGGAGCAGCAGAGGAGGGACGAGGACAGGAAGCGGAUUCGUGAGGAGAAAGCUCGUCUCGCCCGCCUGGCUGCCAUCCAGGAGCUGCAGCAGAAAAGAGCUCAGCGGGUUGCAGAAGCUCAGCGUGCAGCUGAGGUGGAGCUGGAGAGUCUGAGGCCGACUGGCGUGGUCGGACGCAAGAAGCCGCCCAAGAUGUCUCCCACCAACAACAGCCCGAUGUCGCCCACUGACGUGAAAGCUAAGAACUCCGAGUCCAACUUGAAAGUUACGGCCGACUUGAUUGAGCUGAGCUUCAGGGCCAUUUCCCCGGCGUUGUCCAAUCACAGAGGCUCUCAGGGUUCUCAGGAGGACAGAGUGGAGGUAGACGUUUGCCUGGUGCAGCAGCAUCAGCAGGACGACAGGAAACUGAUCCGUAAAGAGAAAGCCCGCCUGGCCCGCCUCGCCGCCGCCGCCCAGGUGAACGCACCUGAGGAGCUGCAGCAGAAGAGGGUGCAGCGGGGUGCAGCCGAGGUGGAGCCGGAGAGUCUGAGACUAGCGGGACGCAGGAAGCCGCUGAAGAUUUCUGUCACCAACAAAACGUCACCGGGCAACAACAGCCCGACGUCACCGACCGAUGUCAAAGCCCAGAACACAGACUCCAAUCUGAAGGUCGUGGCUGAGGUCGGUGACCUCUCCGGCUUCAGAGCCGUUUCCCCGGCGUUGUCCAAUUGCAGAGGCUCCCAGUGUUCCCAGGAGAUCCUGCAGAGGUCGGUGAGCGUGGAGGACCAGCGGCGGUCCAAGAGCACCCUGAACGAGCUGCUGGACACCCUGAAGCUGCUGGAGGGCGAGCCAGAGAGGCUGUCGGCAAAGUGCUACAGCAAAGAGAAAUACGCCUGGAUCGAUGAGGACGGAGACUCCAACUCUCUGACCACCGACAACCUGGAGCGCCACGGCCAGCUGAGCCACCACCCGGCGCUGCCAGACGGGGGCGCCCUGCUCUCCGAGGCCAAGCUGCAGAGCAUCAUGAGCUUCCUGGACGAGAUGGAGAAGUCUGAGCAGGAGAGGCCGCGCUCGGUGACCUCGGGGUCGCACAGAGAGGCCGUGCUGUCGGAGGAGGAGCUGGUCGGCGUCGAGCAGGCGUCCGCCACCGCCGCCGAAGUCACGGGCUCCAUGAUGAGAAUCAAACUGGAGCUGGAGGAGAAGAAACGUGCAGUCAACAUGCUGCAGGCCGCACUGGGCCAGCAGAGGGAGCUCACCGCGAGACACGUGAAGGAGACCGAGAAGGAGCUGAGCAGAAGCUUCCAGCUGCAGAAGGAACAAUACGAAGCCACCAUCCAGAGACACCUCACCUUCAUCGACCAGCUGAUCAACGAUAAAAAGCUGUUGGCUGAGCGCUGUGAAGGGGUGGUGGGAGAACUGAAGACGGUGGACCAAAAGUACACCAAGAGGAUCGCACAGAUGCAGGAGCAGCAUGACAUGGUGUGGCAAAUUCUGGGUCCGUUGUGCGAGGAAAUCAAGAAGUUAAAAGAGCUGAUGAGCGCCACGGAGAAGAUCCGCCGGGAGAAGUGGAUCGACGAGAAAACCAAGAAGAUCAAAGAGAUCACGGUUAAAGGUCUGGAGCCAGAGAUCCAGAAGCUGAUCUCGAAACACAAACAGGAGCUGAAGAAGCUGCGCACGCUCCACGAGGCGGAGCUGCUGCAGGCGGACGACCGGGUGGCCCAGCGCUACGUCCGCCAGUGUGAGGAGCUCCGCCUGCAGCUGGAGAGGGAGAAGGAGGAGCAGUGUCACAGGGAGAGGGAGCUCGCCAAGCAGAGAUGUGAGAAGCAACUUCAGGAGGAGGAGCUGGCGCUGCAGCAGCAGAGGAGGCGUCUCUACAAGGAGGUGGCCGACGAGAAAGAGAGGCUGGCUCAGCUGGCUGCACGGCAGCGCGCCGAGCUGGAGGACCUCCGGAGGCAGCUGGAGGAGAACAGCUCUCUGGCCGGCAGGGCCCUCCGAGAAGAGCUGGACAAGAGCCGAGAGGAGCAGGAGCGGAGGCACCAGGUGGAGGUGAAGGCGCUGCAAGAACGUUUGGACAUUGAGAAGCAGACGUGGGAAGAAAACUACAAGAAAAAGGAGGAAGCGUGGCUGCUGAGCCGCGAGCGCCAGCUCAAAGAAGAGCUGCGGCGAGGACGCGACAAAGAGAUCGAGCUCGCCAUCUGGACGCUGGAGGAGGAGACCAGCAAGGACAAGGAGGAGAGUGACAGGGCAGCCGACAACAGGGUGAAGCGCGUGAGGGAGAAGUACGAGGCGGAGCUGCAGGAGCUGGAGCGCUCCGAGCGGGCGGCCGUGGAGAAGCAGCAGGCGCUGAGGAGGCAGCAGGUGGAGGCGGAGGGGGAGCUGAUCCGACUGCAGGCCGCGCUGCGACAGAAGGAGCAGCAGACCGAAGACGUCACUCGGACCCGGGACGAGCUGGUGGGCGAGCGCCGCAGCCUGGCGGAGGUGAUACGGCAGGAGUUCGCCGACCGGCUGGUGACGACGGAGGAGGAGAACCGCAGGGUGAAGGUGGAGGUGUCGGAGGUCCGGGCGAGGCUCCGGCUAGAGGUGGAGCGCGUCACCAGGGAGAAGGAGGAGGAACUGGCUGAAGUCCACCAGCGAGUGAAGUCGGCCAUCUUGAAGAAGGAGGAAACUGUCAGUCACCUCCGGAAGCAGCACGAGGCUGCCCUGAAGAGGGCGGAUCACCUGGAGGCCCUGUGGGAGCAGCAGAGGAAGCAGCUGCUGGAGAAGUGACUGACAGGAGGGCUCUAUCCGUCUGGACCCCCCCCCCCCCCCCCACACACACACACACCUUCUCUUUGGGUACAAGACUGAACCUGUGGGACUCCAGAAGGUGGAACCAGGGACUGAACCUUGUUUUACCUCGUUUGAAAAACACAAACUGGGGAAAAGCUCCCCAGGCAUGAAGGACUUCCCUAAUUCAAAUGCCACAGACCAGGUGGCACCGAUUCUUCUUCUUCUUCCGUUUCCCGAGGAGGACUACUGCAUUUCUUUAUGACUGUACACCCCCCCCCCCCCCCCCCCGAGACAUGUGUUUUUGUCCCAGUGCUGAUUACAGGCUCUCUAACCUCUCCCUCCCUGCAGCCCCCGCCUCCUGAACCGAACGAAGAGAAGGUAGACGUGAAGUCAGAGCGCAUGUAGAUGAGUGGCCACGUCUGAGGUCAGAGACGAGAUGGUUGGAGGCUUUAGAAGUGAAUGUGAGGAAGAAAGAAGAGGAGAGGAAGGAGGAGAGGAAGGAGGAAGGAGGAAGGAAUGCGCAUAGAAAAUGUCUAUAGGCUUAGGAAGGCACAGCUGGGCCAGAGCGAGGUGGUAGGAGGGUCUGAGGGGGCACAAAGCAUGUGACGCAUCACACUCAACUGGCCCUCGAGUCACACACACACACACACACACACACACACACACACACUCACACACACACACACUCUGCACUUGUGUAUCUCAUUGAGUUUGCUUCUCUUCUAACUUCUUAGCCCUGACGUCAGUUGAAGACGUGUUGAAGCCCCUCCCACUGACUCCAACAGUUUUUGUGGGUAAGACUUCAGGCUAGGGGGGGGGG